UCUGCCGACUCGCGACAGCACGCGUAGAUGAUCACACGGCGACGGGCACUGAGGCCAAAGGUUUUUUGGUUCUCCAGCGCCACGGCAGUGCGGUCCUUGUCAGAUACCAGCAUUGAAAGCGUUCGGGAUCUUUGCCUUGCCUGGUCGUUCAUGCCCCAUUUUAAGCCUCAGUCUUAUCUAUAGGAAGCCGUGCAUUGUCGCAAAAUUCUACUUACUUUCAUGUAGCAGUGGCUCGAAGAUAGCGCGUUCCGUGAAAGAGGGAAAUAAUAGUUUCUCUGGUUCACUCUGACUUGUGCUUAUGCCACCGAAGACAAAGUGCUACUUGCGGAUCGCAAUCUUGAUUCUAGCCGUUCAUCAUACUGCACCCAGUAACGGGUUGCGUGUGACACACUGGCCCUAAAUUUCAAGCAUUCCAGAUUAGCAGUUGUUCUCCGUUCACGUCGUGAAAACCCAAGCAUGAUGUUUAUGUCACAGCCUCCGUUGCUUCAUAGAGUGCACCGGCUCUGAUUUCUUCUCAACGCCGCUUCUUUUGCUUUGGUAAGCUAGCCAAUUGAAGUAAGUUGAGAUUGUGGUUCUCCGAGGGAUAGACUGAGUUCAGUCUGAACAUCCGCACAAGAUGGCGUCUCCAACCACGAAGAAAAGAAGCAGCAGUGGCCCAUCACCUACAUGCCUCUUUAUUUUGGUGGCAUGUGUUCUGCUGCCAUUUGAGGCACAUGCAUCGCCGGUAGAGAACCAUACCAGUACAACUAUCCCCGACUCCACAUUAGCAACAGUACCCACCACGGCAGUGGACGAUGAACCCAACUACGAACAAGUACUACGAGAUGCCGUGACCCGCCUGUUCACCAGCAUGCCUUCGUCUCUCAGGAGAAAGCUUCUCGAGGCCGAAGUCAGGCCCGAAUGUAGCGUCGGCUUAUUGCGACUGAUGCGAGGAUUCCAGAGUCUUGAGCCGUGGGCACUGAAGUUGUUCGACGCAUCCGGAAAGUACCCAUCAGGGCUGCUGCAGGCAACCAAGGCUGAUCUUGGCGCUUUCGACGAGUGUCUGGAAACCGUAGUGCACGACAACUACGGCCUAGAAGUGUCUCGUGGCCAAUACUGCAGCGUGCUGUUCCACCUGAAAGAGAACCGCGCCCUGAAAAAGCGUAUCUCGUCACUUGACGUGCUGCACCCACUCAUUAAGCAAUACACGGAUUAUUUUUUCAUUGACGAAGUCCCCGUGACACGCCUUGGCGUCUGCAUUACCAACGACUGCAAUAAACAAGAUCUGCAAGCCAUCAUCAAUGCAGGCAAGUGA